CCUUGGUGGUUCAUGUCUGAGCUUAAAUAACACUCGAAACCGCCAGAAAAAGAGCUCAGACUGGGGGAGUCCUGACUAAGCCUGGGAGACGGGACCCUGAGCCCACAAUGGGGGACUGCAGGCCGGUUAGGGGGUCCUCCCCUCUGGGGGGUCCUCAGGGACCACCUGCUGACAGAGGAGGAGGAGGAGAUGAUGGAGGAGGAGGAAGGUACCAGCCCCUGGCUCAGGCAGGCAGGGGACCUACAGGAGGCGCUGUCGGUGGUCAGUGAGGAUCACACAAUGUUUUCUCCGCCGACGCUCAAGACGGAGAUGCCAGAUGAUUACUCGCCUCGCAUUAAGGAGCGGGGGGCUGUACCGGAGCACCCCUGGGGGUCACCCACAGAGCGGCAUCAUGGCAUCAAGCAGGAGGCAGAGGAGAUACCUGGGAGCAGGGUACCUGUAGUGGGGGUGCUACGAGUGGAUAAAACAGAGGGGGUCGGUGACAACACAGUGCACCCCGCCUACCACCAUUACUCCGACAUCCCGGCCAAUGGCCCCGCGGUGCCCCCCCAUGCCAACGGGGACGAAGAGAAGAGAGUCAUAGUGCCGGCGGACCCGCUGGUGUGGAGCCAGGAGCAUGUGGCCCAGUGGCUGGACUGGGCAGUGAAAGAGUACGGACUCUGUGAUGUAAAUACCUCUCUGAUGCAGGGCGUGGAUGGCAAGGAGCUGUGCCGGAUGGCGCGGGAGGAUUUCCUACGAAUGGCCUCGUCUUACAGCACCGAGAUGCUCAUGUCUCACCUGGCCUACCUGCGCCAGAACAGCCCAACGUUUACCUACUCGGUAGUACCGGCUGUACCCGCACACCAGGUGGCACCGCGGCAUCCGGUGAAAACAGAGCCCCUGUAUGAGGACGUGAGGAGACAGAGUUGGAGCUCGUCGGGUGGAACAAUACACAGAGUUUCCCCCCCACUGACCCCGGGAAGCACAAGCAGCACCGGCGCCGCGCGUAGCACCCAAGAUCCCUACCAGGUUUUGGGGCCCACGAGCAGUCGCCUCUCUAACCCAGGCAGUGGGCAGAUCCAGCUGUGGCAGUUCCUGCUGGAACUUCUCUCCGACAGUGGCAAUUCGGGCUGCAUUGCCUGGGAAGGGCUGAACGGGGAGUUCAAGAUGACGGACCCGGAUGAGGUUGCCCGGCGCUGGGGGGAGCGGAAGAGCAAACCCAAUAUGAACUAUGACAAGCUGAGCCGGGCGCUGCGCUACUACUACGACAAGAACAUCAUGAGCAAAGUGCACGGCAAGCGCUACGCCUACAGGUUCGACUUCCAGGGCAUCCAGGUGGUGCAACAGGCGCACAGCAGCGACCCCGCCGCCUCCAAAUACCCCGAAGGGAACUAUUACUCGCCCCAAGCCAAGCCCGCCGUGCCCACCCACCACCCCCAGUCUCCCACCCUUCCCACCAUCAUACCGGUGCAGUACUUCAGCUCAGCACCCACCGGGGGACUGUACCCCGGCCAGGGCAUCACAAGGCAACACGGGGGGCAACUAGGAACCCACCUGGGCACCUACUACUGAGCAGGACUGGCCCAAGACCAGUUUGGGUGGGAUUUGGGCUUAUUUGCUGCCCUAGACAUUCAUCUACUGUACCUUCUCCUGCCCCGGGGCAAGAGCUUCCAGUGCCAAUGGGGUCAAAUUGUGUAAUGAGGGGGGAGCGGAGUGUGGGACCCCCAAACGACUGAUCUGGACGGAACCAACAGGACUGGGCAUUGGCCGCUUUGGCUUCCUCCCAGGAACACAGAACCUGCUGAGAUCCAACCCCUAAACCAAAGCUCCGCCCCCCACUUGUGGCACAGGAAACUGCCGAUGGACAUGGUUCUACUUCCUGUCUGUAUCUCUCAUUAAAGGGGAAGUAAACCUUAAGUUUUUCCUAAUGAGAGAAGAUGUAAUUCCCAAUAUCCAUUCAUUCCUCAUUCUCAUUGGGCCUGAGACCCUUCCCCCGCCCUUACAGUUCCCUCCGCUUCCCACAAUGCCUAGGGGGAACUGAGCUUUGCACGGCAUUGUGGGAAAGAGCUGAUUUCUGAUACAUUCUGUCUGUAGUCGGGAAAGCAGAGAAGAGAAUGGGGCAGAUACAAUAACAAAUGGGCUGAAUGGGCAAUGAAUGUAUUUGGGAAGUGUAAUUGUGUUUAUUGCCCCCCCCCCCCCCCAUUCCCCGCUGCUCAUAUAGUUACCCCCAAGGGGCCCCUGAUUAUCAUCUUCAUCCUGGGGGCCACACAGCAUUAAUUCUAGCAGAUGCCGACCCCUUGGGCACAUGGCUGCCCCCCUGAGCCAGGCCACGCCCCCAGCUAUGGUGGCCCCCAAAGUGCAACAUUACGGGGCCCCAUGUACAGAUGUGUUUUUCCUGUUUCCAAAGGCAAAAUAAACCCAAACAAAAUUGGGGGGGGGGUUCUCCUCCUGUGUGUGGGGUUCGGGGUGCCCCCUUUAUGUCAAUGUUGAUCUCAUUGCUGUUUUGAACUGUAAAAAAACAACUUUUGCAUUAACCUUGAAUAAAACCAGUUUAUAUUUA